ACUCGCGCUGUAAGGUACGGUGUGCUGCUGCUGCCGCUGCUGCUGUUGGUGAAGCUGGCGACUCGCUGACUACUACCACUUUUUUUUUUUUAAUCUUGCUCUGUCGUUCGUGACAUGAAGGAUCAUGAGUGCCGCCAAGGAAUUAGUUGACAACUUCAUAUGAUAGCACUAGAUAGUGUCUUGUGUGGAAAUAGACCCGAAUAAAACAUCUGGUGUUUGAUAAAAUGUUUUGUUGAAGAAAGUUUUCCACUGAUAAAAGUUUCGUUACGUUACGCGACACUGAAUGAUUGAUUGAUUCAGUUCACAAUAAGGUUAAAAGUUUAAUAAACAACCUAGCAUACUUCCCACGAUUGCUCUGAUAAAACAUGACUACUAUCAUAAACAACACUGAAUGCAUAACUUUGCCUUAGAAGGAUAAGGAAUGCAAACAAAUCCCGAAGGUUUUUUAAAGGGGAAACAGAUCUGAGAGAAAAAAAUAGACAUCAAAAACCUUCCAAGAUGAUGAUGAUGAUGAAGCUGAUAGCCUUGAAUUUGCUGUUUCUCCUGAACCUGGGAUUAUGUGAGGUCCCAGGUGCUCCUGGUCCCCAGACAGACGUCGUCGUUUUGGAAGGCAAAAGGGCUGUCCUGCCCUGUGACAUCACGCCCCCCGAACUUGGCGACACCCCUAUUCUGGUGCUAUUCUACAUCGGUGCUACUGGGACGUCCAUUUACACCAUCGACGCGAGAACAGCUCCCCUGUCACGAUCCGUCCACUGGUCACUCCUAGGGAGCCGAGCCCACUUCGACGUGACUUCCCCCCGCCAGGGGCUAGUGAUCGAUGACGUCAGCUACGAGGACGAGGCUGAAUACCGGUGCCGCGUCGACUUCCGUUCGUCCCCGACACGAAAUCUCAGAGUGAAACUCACGGUUGUAGUUCCUCGGAGAGUCAGUAUUACCAACCAAUCAGGGACGGAGCUGAGUGGAGUUAUAGGACCGUAUCCUAUGGGAGGGUCCCUGAAUCUCACUUGCAAAGCCUAUGGGGGCAAACCACCUCCUCGCGUCAGCUGGUGGCACGAAGGGGCCCUUCUGGACGAUGUGGUGGAAACUCACAACGGCGAGGUCGCCAUGAACACUCUCUUCCUGCCCAAUCUAUCACGACAGCAUCUCUAUCGGGUCUUGACUUGCCAGGCUGAGAAUUCGAACAUGUCGCUACCCAGAGCUGCCACUGUUACCCUCGAUAUGAGUUUCCCGCCUAUGGAAGUGAAGAUCCUGGGGAGCAACGUGGCCUUGUCCGAGGGAGAGAGAUAUUCCCUGGUGUGUGAAGCCUCUGGCUCUCGCCCACCUGCCACCGUUACCUGGUGGAUGGAUGGUGUCCUUAUGACUGAUACGAAGGAUCAGGUCCUGUACGACGGCAACGUCAGCCGAUCCACCGUCCACGUGGCGCCGACCCGAAGGAACAACGAUGCCAUCGUCUCCUGCAGGGCCCAAAAUUCGCUUCUGGAAGCAGCUGCCCUGGAAGAUUCGCGCAAGCUCAACGUUCACUUCCCACCCAAAUUACAACUGCAUGUUGGCCGGAACCUCAACAUCACCAACAUCAAGGAAGGGGACGAUGUUUACUUCGAGUGUGACAUCAAGGCUAAUCCUCCAGCCUUCAGGAAACAGUGGUUUGUGAAUGGGGAAGAACUUCACCACAACUCUACUGCCGGGGUGAUACAGAGCAACCAGAGCCUCGUCCUGCAGAAGGUGACGCGCGUGUCCUCCGGAAUGUACUCUUGCAGGGCUACGAAUUCGAACGGGGCCGCGAAUUCCAACGCCCUCCACCUUAACGUCAAAUUUGCACCUAUUUGCGCUCCAGAACAAAAAUGGGUCUACGGCGGUGGAAGGCACCAACCAAUCAACGUCACCUGCAAAGUCGAGGCUCAUCCGGAGGCCUCCACUUUCCAGUGGGCCUUUAACACUUCCAGCGAAUUUGUGGAAAUCGCCCAGAACCGGAUCCAGUCCUCCAGAAGUCGCAGCAUGGCAUCCUACACGCCUCAAACCCACCACGACUUCGGGUCUCUCCUGUGCUGGGGCGUCAAUGAAGUGGCCGUUCAGAGGAAUCCCUGCGUUUUUCACAUCGUUCCUGCAGCCGUUCCAGAGCCACCACAUAACUGCAGCGUCUGGCACAACGCGAGUGCCACGGGCGAGGUGGUCGUUAUGUGUCAGCCUGGCUGGAGUGGAGGCUUAGCUCAGAAGUUCACCCUCGAAGUCCGAGAAGGAAUACCCAAGAGGGAUCACAUAGGGAAGUCCAAAGUCCUGGCUACUCUGAAGGACCAGACGGAGCCUCACUUCACCGUCACGGGUCUCGCCCCUGGCAAAGAGUACCGACUCACGGUCGUAGCCUCCAACGCCCAGGGGACGGCUCCCCCAACACACCUGGUCCACCUGACCCCCAUCGACGUCGCCGAAAAGCGAACGAGUCCGACGGCCGCCGAGUCCCCUCUGGCCGACCAACUCCUGACGAUCACGCCCAUCCUGGCCAUUCUCGUGGGCGUGGUGGCUUCCUUGGUGGUCUGCACGAUCAUCAUCGUCUUUGUCAUCAGGGCCAGGAACGCCAGCAGCAGGAACCACCCUCAGACGAGGAUCGUUUACGACAAGGAAAUCGCUUCCACCAACUCCUCCAAAGGAUGCGACGAGGGGGGCUUCGUUCAGCAGCAGGAGAAGAGACCAGACAUCGUCCUCAUAAAGGAUGGGAGCGGCGCAGCUGACGAAGGCCAACAGCUCGUGAGGGAAUACAACAAACCGCCAGAGGGAUCCUUCUUCAUCAAUCCAGGAACUUUGCUCAAUAAUGGCAUGGUGGUGACCAGGGAAACCGACUCUCUCCUGCACAACCGGAUCACGACGUCCAUCCACCCCCCCAUCCCCACCUCCUGUUCCACCUUCCUCAUGGCCCAGCCCUCGACGGAUUCCUUGAACCGCUCCUCCUACUCGGGGGGCGGAUGCAGCACGGCAUCCAUAUCCACAGGAGCCAGCAGUCCACAGGGAUCCGCAUCCACCGUGGCGCUCCAUCCGGACUAUUACGUCCCCGAGGGCGCGGCCAUCCCCGUCGCUGCCGACCCGCAAAGGGUGCCCUUAGUGUCGCCACCCCACGUCCCUGGGACGAGGGAGAGCUGCGUGUAAAAGGGGCGAAGCUGCAAAUGUUUUGCAAACCAGUGCUGGAAAGAAAAAAAAAGAAAAAAAGACAGAAUGAAAGUGACGCUUCUUGUCAGAUAGGGAAGGCGUCUGUCUGUCUCAUGUCAGCGGCUCACCUGUAGUAGAAGCAGGUUUUAUUGACUUAAGGAGGAGGAACCAUGGACGCCAUCGUCUCGUAUAGCGUUUUAUAAGGUCUCUAAUGAAGCUGUGAUGAUGAUGAUGAAGGAUCAAGCAACUGUUCUGCUCAAGUGAUGCGUGACAGUAAUAAAAAAAAAGAGGGAGAGGAAAAAAGGAUCGAAUAGUGGUGUGUCGAGUAACAAUUUGAAUUUGACCUGGUGUAACGGAUACUCAAAUCUGAAACAGUUAGUGCUACUCUAGUGCGCAUGCGUGGGUGCAUUUACUGUACUCUUUAUUUUCAUUAUCCUUUCUAUUAAAGUGGAGUGAAGGAUAUGGGUUUAAGAAUUGUGUGAUGAUGGAUAUGAUCUCAGAAGUGAUUUAUUUUACCUUCUUUUUUUUAAGUGAAUAAAAAGGGGGCUUAAGAAUUCUGUGAUGGAUUUGAUCUUAGAAGUCAAAGUUAGUCAGUGAUUUCUUUCCUUUCUACAUUGAAAUGCAAUAAUUGAAGAAUGCAGUUUGGAUAAGGGAAUGAACAGUGAAGAAAAGGUUCAUUCACGCAAUAUGAAACUGAAUCAAACGGAACCUUUACCGCAGAGCCAUUUCUAAGUGGAAAAGUGAACUAGUAGAAAUAAAAAGGCCAGGUCUUGGCCUUUUCACGACACUGAAACGUUAGAGAGCCGUUUUUUCUAUCAUUUUCAAAUUCGAACGAAUGUUUCACCUUAGACAAGUUGUGAUGUUUGUAUGUAAAAGCCCACGUCCCAUGAACUCCUGGGUAUAAUAGAAACGAGUUCAUGGCAAGUAACGGUCUUUUGAUCCACUGUGUGGAAGUGUAUCGUUAGAUAACCGUUAAUAUGUCUUGGUAUAUAAAUAUAUAUAUGCUGGGACGUAGAUGUAUUCCGGAGAAUGAAGCAGAUUUCAUUUAAUUGACUUGGUAAGCAAGUCUACCACUGUUAUUUCCUCUGGGGCCAUGUUGGAAUUUGUGAUCACACACUACUCUCAUUCGAGAUCCUGCACCGACGAAGCUUUGUACAUUUCUCGCCUUUGUAAACGAUUUGUUUUUCGAUGAAGUUUUUGCUCUUCGUAAUCAGUGUACAUAUGGACGAAAGAGGUACAUAAAUGGAUGAACGAACUAAAUAAGGACUUUAUAACUAUACUUCUCUGGUGAAGAGAAUACUGUCAAAUAUCUGUGGUAUAUGAGAGAAUGACUGAUCGUCGUCAUUCCGUAAGUCCCGUUUUAUUUUAUAUAUAAUAUAAUUUUGUAAAUAUAAACUUAAACGAAAAUGAUUUUUUCAUAUCGAAAUGAUCUUAUACUACUUUAUUAAUAACAAAUAAUAUUAACGACUUCCUUGUUGAAACUGGUUGUUUUGUUUAUAUGACUCUGACUUGUGUAUCAUUUCCUUAUUAUCAAUAUAGACUGCUGCCUACAUCGUGGCAAAUGGCUAUUGUAACCAACCUAAUAUGCUAUCAAUAUUCUACAAAUGAGUCAUUAUUGACCACUGCAUUUUCCAUUCUCGAAUCAUUUAUUUCAUACGUUGUCAAUUCAUGAAAUAUUCCAUCCAGAAGUCAUAGGUUAUGGUUCUGCUUUCUGCCGAUAUUUCAUCAUCAAACUGGUCCUUUCAUUUGCCAUUUUCCCAACAGCUUAGGGGAAAUAUGUUCGCUGUUGCUGUGUGUUGUACUUUUGUAAUCAUGUACCAAUCAAUCAAUCAAUCAAUCAAUCGUCGUUUACGAGGACAAAAUUAUCCAUUACAGUGUUUGGAAUUUUUUAUAUAUGAUAUAUAAUGCUCGUUUUACCUUAUUAAGCUGUCUGUUCUUGACUGCCACAUGAUUUAUUUCUAAACAUAAAUGUCAUUUAUUCUCUAUUUACACAAAAAUAAUUAUCAAGUCAAAAGGAGGACAAGACGAAAUGAAUAACAUUUAACUCAAGAAUAUAGGCGACACGAGAAGAUUUAAUUUUUCUCUCUUAGUGCUGUCUUCGGGAUUGACUACUUUCAAAGCCCCCCCACAUAAACCACAAUAGACAAUCACACACACAAGUAGUAAAUAAACAUUUGCCGCUUUAUGAUUUCCUGAAGGUAUUUUCAGCUGCAAGUUAAUUAAAUCCUGUUGCUGUGUUCAAACGUAUCUUGUAAAUAUUAAUUGGGUUAUUUUCCAAGCGAGAGUAGACUGUUCUGAACGUCCAAUACUGCUUUAAUUCAUACGAUUAGUUUUCCUGCAUUUUUUAAAUAUUAUUUUCAAACUUGUAAAUGCCACUAUUGAGAAAUUAAUCUUAAUACGGAAGUUACGAACAAUUUCACAGCUUUGUGCACAAACAAUAUACACAAUGAAUAACGAGUUUUUGCUUUUGAGAAAUAAUUGAGUCUUUACGUAUCUCGUGUAUUUGUCAUGUUAAAUCGGUUUCAAGUUUUUAUUACGCAUUAAUGUUCACAAUCAGAACCAGUGAAUGAGACAUGAAAAGUCAACAACAAUCUAUAUGAAUGACUGAAUUUCAUUCGAAUGAGUUUUCUGGGGAGAUUGUAGGUUUACAAUGGACAUCAACAAAAGUGUUGAGAGAGAAGUAAAUGGAAAUUAAUUAGCUAUGUCUGUUUAUUAAUGCCGUAGCCGCUAAGACGAUUCUACGUACAGUAUUCAUUUCUCCUUUACCUCUCCAUCUCUGUAUUAUGAAUGAGGUUCGUAUACCUGGUGUAUGUUCCAACUCAGUAUACAUGCAUAUAUAUACUUCGCCAUACUUUUACAUAACUUAGUAGGAUGAAGGAAACGUUUCUACCUGAAGCAUUCCACUAUCUUGUUAUUAUUACUCGUUAAAUGAAAACUCUAAUCUAAUCUAGUCAUUUUUAGUGUGUCGUCGAACUCCUUUGUAUGAUCAUUCGGAAUGAUUAUUAUUUUCUUCUUUAUUUUUGUUUUUUUAUCUCAUUCCAUUCCUCUGUUAGUUUCUUGUUCCAGCUGUUUGCUUGACUGAAUAACUACUUAAAACUCAUUUACCAUUAUUUACUCAUUGCUCAUAUUUGGUAUUCUAUAACGUACCAUUUGCCAAUAAUUGAAAAUACUUAAUAUUAUGAGAAAAGUGUCUCAACGGCUACGAGAAAAAGUCGAAAGUAAUGAAGACAAGGGGACAUGUAUUAAGAGCUCCCCAAAAUCUUUUGCUCAACUGAGAAGGAAUGGCGAUGGGAAGAGAUACUCACCUUGCUUGAUGACCACAUGCGAUCAUAGAAAAUAGCUUUAACAAUAUUCACCUCUAAACGAAAAAGGUGACACACGCCUUUGCCUACCCUGUGUUCUCGUUAUGACAAAAAGUUCCUUAGAUAUGAAUGCCUUUUGUGUCAUAAUGCAUUUUCGUUUUUGCAUUUCACUUGCGUUUAUCACUGUGUAUUUAAAUCUGAGACAGUUUUACGAGAGCAGUCAUCUGUAAGCAAGAAGUUCUUACAGAUUCUGCAUUCUUUGUUUGACUUGCAUCUGCGUCCAAGGUAAAAUUAAAAAAUUUAAAGAUAUACGAUUUUUUUUCUAAACUGAAGAAAGAGAAAUACACAUGAAACGGGGUAAGAUAAAGAGAAAUGCCAAGCAGAAAUUAAAAAAAAAAAAAAGACACUGGCGUACCCUUACUGAUUAGAAGGGGGGUCAUAAAUCCUAUGUUUACUCCCUGUAAUAAAGAUAGGUGUGUGAAUGUUUUAUAUUACCUUGUACGUAAAGAUAAAAUAAAAAAAACCAUUUGUUUAUCGUGAUGUUGAACUCAAGAUUAAAUGUGAUCCAAAACUAAGUGACUUGUUUCACGUUUGACAUUUGCAUGGGUGUAAGUGGUCGGUCUUCUUUUUUUAGGGCCGACUCUUUGUACAGUACAAAUUUGAUGGCGUUGGCAGAAGCCUUUAUUUGUAAUAAAGGAUGAAACAA